UACUUUUUAGGGCAAAUCAUUUCAGCCUCCCCAAUCGCCUCCAUCUCUAUUCCCGUUCUCAGAUGUGAACUUGCCCCCUCUCUCUCUCUCUGCAACUGCAAACUACAAAAUCUACAAGAAUCAGAAGUUCAAAACCCAUAUAUUUCAGUUUAUCUAUCUGUCUGCAAGAAUCGAAAGUUCAGAACCUAUUACCUAUAUCCAAACCCAUUCGGCAUAUCAUUUCAGAUUGUUCCAAAAAUCAAAACCCAUAUCUUUCAGUUUCCAUCGCCCGCUGCCCCAGUUCGGGUUCGCCGUUCGCAAGCUUCAACCGCUGGCCCGCUGUCUCUCAACUCUCAAGCUUGCCUCCCUCUCUCUCUGCAACUGCUAACUUGUAUAUAGGAGAUGGUGCACAAAUGUGUGGUUUGUCGUUGCAUGGAGCGGCCAUGCGUGGCAAUCUGUAUAUCUGCUGAUUACUUGCCGGAGGAGACCCACACAGGCUUUUUAUGAAAUCGAAAGUGUCUACACAUUGAAAAUAUUCACUAAACGCUUGCAAGACGUCGAAGUGCAACAUUGCCAACGUCUUGUAGAUUCUAUGGCUCUACAAGCUAGAGCAUUAAUUAGAAAUUCAAUUUCUGGCUGGACAGAUUAAAUUGAGGAGAAUCGUGCCUGGUCAUCAAACAUGAAGCGACUAUUACUCAACUUCGAGAGGAAAUAGCUCAACAAAAAAAUACCAGUGAUGGAAAUGAUGUCCAGGCACUUUAGAGGCACUUGACAAAUAGAUUGAAGCAGAUUGUGCAUCCAAAGACCUGGCAAUUCAAAAACAGAAUGCUGGUAUUGAAUACAAUGGUUGAAUAUGAAGUCAUGAUAGCCCAUUUGAAAAUUGCUAAUCAACAACUUGUAGCAAAAUCUGCAUUGAAGGAUGUUACAAUUCAGAAACUGGAAGUUGGAAGUGAAAUGUUUCUUAAUUUCACAGAGGAAGAGAUCCCUGCUACUGCACCAGCAAUGGGUCAAGAUACUGGUUUGGGUUUCAGCUUAGAUGAUCUGGAUGAUGGUUUGGGGGUUGGUGUGGGUUUCAACUUAGAUAAUCUGGAUGAUGAUGUUGCUAAUGGAACAGGAGCUAGUGGUGAAAAUCCAGCAGCAGCUAGAGGUGAGAAUCAAGAACAAGGUGAUGGUGAGGUGCCAAGAGCCUAGAGGGGAGACCGCUUAUCAUUUCCGUCUAGUGUUCUUUAGUAAGCUGGAGAAUCAAUUAGUGUUAUCUUUUGUUUGAUUGGACUUUUUAGUUUGAUUUCAUUGUGUCUUGAAGGAACUUUCUCUUUGUGCAUCAAGCUCUUUACAAGAACAAAAGCUUAGUGUUCUUUAGUAAGCUGGAGAAUCAAUUAGUGUUAUCUUUUGUUUGAUUGGGCGUUUUAGUUUGAUUUCAUUGUAUCUUGAAGGAACUCUCUCUUUCUGCAUCAAGCUCUUUACAAGAACAAAAGCAACAUUCUAGUGUAC